GUCAGGUUGUCCUCAUGAACACGCUUUCCAGAAGGGAGGAGGACACACUCCUUAAAACUACUAAAGCGCGCGCGUUAACAGAAUGUGACUCGAUAGUUAAAGAAUUCGCCAACUGCGCAACCGGACGUACGCUGUCUGUGGCAUGGGCUUGCAGGGACAAGUACAAAGCCUUGCAGGAGUGUAUGCUACAAUACACAAGUCAAGUAGCCAUGGAUGAUGUUCGAAAGGAAUAUCUUCGAUUAAGGGACCAACAGAAAGCGCCUCAAGCACCUCUCUAACGAUGACAGGGUGUCUUGAUAGUGUCUUUUGCCUCCGAAAACGCAAGGCAUAUCGUCAGGUACAUACGGUGAUCGUACACUAUCCACAGUUUUAUCAGUCCAUGGGCCGAGGACGCUCGAAUGUGUGGUGUAGUCAUAGAUUGAACAAAAGUAGAGGAACGUGCAGACCCUGGGGUGGGAAACAUCGAAUACUAGCAGAAGUAUAGACAAUAGUGAUAGGCAGUGUGUUAUUACAGCGAAUCUCAGUUUUUCUUUCCAUUGUUGAUUGCAAGCCAUUGAGCACGAAGACCCAUGAGAGAGGAAAUGAAACUGAACACAAUAAUCUAUCAGGCGAGCACAGUAAAAGGAACCACUGCCAAACUAACCCAGCAAAGCCAACAACACCGUCAUUGACAUUGACGAGACCCAAGUUGGAAGCAGGUAUCCAAAUGUCGAAAAGGUCGAUGAUGAAUUGGUGGCGUGUGUCCGCGCGCAGGCUAUGGGGAUCUUAGA